CUUGUCAGCGCGUACACGCCGUUCACUUCUCACUGUGUUUACUUCAUGAUCUGAGUACGGUGCCUCGAAGGAAAAUCUCAAACGAAUUGGCUAUGCUUACGACCGCAUUUACUGAUGUUUCAUGCCGGAUCUUGACAAAUUGGAAAUCGAACAGGACGUGGAAUUUACCUAAUUGCUGAUGUCUUUGUGGCCACCCCACCCGUGUCGAACAGGAUACUCGGCACCAGAAACGAGUGGUCGCCUUAUGAGCAGGAAUCAUAGUUGAUAGUGUGUAUGUUCGUGUGUGAGUGUUGAGUGAGCAGAGUGGAAAAUUUCGUUGCAGAAUGGAACGUGUUCGAGCCCUGGUGUUCGCAGCUCUUGUGUGUAUUCUCAUACUGGUUCAAGUUACCGCUGGAUAUAAAUACAAGAUACCAAUAGGCCUCAUCUUCGACGAGCGUUCCCCGACUCUGGAGCGGUCAGUGCUACAGCACCUGCGAGAACACAGUGACAACAACAACUAUUUCACGCUAGAGACACAAGUCCACCGGUUGGAUACCAGUGACAGCUACAAUGUCUCCCGUGCUCUAAUGUCCGUUGUCACCAUCAUCCAGGUGUAUAUGGAACCAAGCCUCACCAAGGCCAUUGUGGGUAUGGUGUACACAUGGUACAGAUGGCGUAGAUUUUACUAUAUCUACGACCAGUUAGAUUCGAUCACAAGGAUAGAACAGACUCACGACUUUCUGCACGAGUUCCCGCGUGACUAUCGCUACGCCACACCAGAUGUCCAGCCUCACAGAGUGGACGGGGCGCACCAGUGCCUCAGGCUCCUACUGGACAUCUUCGAGAACAAUCGAGGGGAGGACGUCCGAGUGGUGUUGGACAUUCCGCCCGAGGACACCCAGUGGGUCAUCACGCAGCUGGUGGAGAAAGACAAGCAGAAAAGUUUGCGGUCCAUUUUCCUCGAGUCGUUUAUCACAGGGGGUGUCAAUAUCACAGGCUUCGAGAUAUUUGAGGAGGGGAAAUCCUUGCAGUAUCGGAGAAAAAAUCCUAACACAAUCAAGGUGCGUGACCAUAUCGCUGCAGACACGGCCCAGCUGCUGGAGCAGUCUCUGAUGAUGCUACAACGCCACCAGGGCUCAGCCUCUGUAUUCGGUAACGUCAAUGGCUGGCAGCUCUCGCAGGAAAUGACGUGUCUGCCACAGCUCAGGUGGCGCUGGAGAUACGGACGGGCGUUGGCUAAAGUUUUUCAAAACACAACCUUCCACGGGCGGAGCGGAUAUGUCCAAUUCGACUCCACCGGCCAGCGGACUGAGUUAUCGGUAGAAGUUCAGGAGGUCACCAUGUACAGAGGACUGACCAUUGUUGGGACGUGGGACAAAGAUGGAUUUCAAGCGCAUGGCGAAGAGCAAGUCCUGGACAAAGCGAAUCGUACUAUAGAUAACCGCACUAGAAUUGUGACUUCCAUUGACGAGGAGCCCUACUUGAUGAAGGUGGUCGCUCCCAUUCAAGGCCUGCCGGUCACCGGCCGACAUCGCUUUGAAGGAUACUGCUCCGAUCUGGCCGAGCUGGUGGCAGAAAACGUCGGCUACGAUUACCACAUCCGAUUUGUAAAAGACGGAGAAUACGGCAAGAAGGAACCCGAUGGAACAUGGAAUGGUGUUAUUGGAGAGCUCACGAGACAUGAAGCCGACAUUGCAAUUGCCCCCCUGACGAUUACCUCGGACAGAGAAAAAGUUCUAGACUUCACCAAACCGUUCAUGAGUUUGGGAAUUUCCUUAAUGAUUAAAAAGCCUGUGGACACAGAUCCGCACGUGUUUUCCUUCAUGCAGCCUCUGUCACGUGAGAUCUGGCUGUGCACGGUGUUUUCAGUGUCAGGGCGAAUAGUGACGAGCGUGUGGUGGUUUUUCACCCUCAUCAUCAUCUCCUCCUACACGGCCAACCUGGCAGCCUUCCUCACCACCAUGCGCAUGAGCGGAAGUAUCAGGUCCGCUGAAGACCUGGUCAAGCAGACGGAAAUCAAGUACGGCCCAUACAGAGGAGGCAGCACCUACAUGUUUUUCAACCAAACAACAGUGUCUCUGUACCAGAGGAUGUGGUCGUUUAUGACGUCGCAACCAGAUGUCUUUGUUGAAAAUAACGACAAAGGUAUAGACAGGGUACGAGAUAGUCACGGCAAAUAUGUUUUUCUUAUCGAGUCCACACUGAACGAAUACUACAGCUCCAGGUACCCGUGUAACACUAUGAAGGCAGGUAGCAACUUAGAUUCUAAAGGCUAUGGCAUCGCCACACCGAUGGGUUCAGACAUCAGGGACAAGCUGACAUUGGCCAUCUUACAACUCCGAGAGGACGGAGUCCUGGACGAACUAAAAAAAACUUGGUGGGUGGAAAAGUCACAGUGUCCGCUGGAAUCCUCGGCAAAGGACACUGAUGCAUCUCUGACGCUUUCCAAAGUGGCAGGAAUUUUCUAUAUCCUGGUGGCUGGUUUGGCGCUGUCCGUUUUCUCAGUCAUCUUGGAGUUCUUGUACAAAACCAAGGUGGACUCAAGAAAGCAGAAUGUUUCGUUUGGUUCUGAAGCACGAUCUAAAUUCCGGCUUUCUAUUAGCGGCCACUCAGAGGAUGAUCCAAAUGAACAGAGAACGCCGUUACGGUCGACAACUACAACUUUCACGACAGCCCACAGUCCUUUGGAUGAAGGGACGUCAUUAUGCAAAACACAAACUUUAGUAUGAUGAGUUCGUUUAUUGUUGGUUGUUGAUUUUUCUUGUCCUCAUUGACAGUUGUGUCCGAUUUAAAUCCUUGUAAUGCCAUGUUUGUUGGUUUCUCUCCAUGUAAACAACUAUUCUAAACAUUUUGACAAACAGGAUACCUGCGGAUUUAUUGUGAUAUUGACUCUAAAUCUAUUUUCAUCCAGAGAUUGUGGACUACAAAAUGGACCUCUCCUUUGUUUAAGAUGCUAUGAAGUGUGUGAUGAAUAAACUGGAGGCGACCUCAAUAUUGAUUCGAGUAGGAUAUUAUGUCACGGAAUGCCAUGGCUCAUAUUAAAGGAGUAGGAGCAAAGAUCGGAGUUAGAGAAACACUCUACAAAAAAUGAAGUAAUGCGUUUUCAUUAUCGCUGGUUGCAACAUCCAUGUCAGCGCUAGUGACUGUCGAGGGCGUUCUUAGAGAGUUGGCCGUCAUGUAAUAUACAAUCUUUGUUUCAUCUAUAACAAUUAAUUCCCAUGCGAGAAGGGCUGUGCCUUAGGCGAUAUCCAUUAUGAGGCAUAUUGAUUUUUACGUUUUGCGGGUUGGUGCUUCAGGUUCAACUGGUUUAUUUGGUGUUGGCCAUAGUUAUCGUAGAUAUGUCACGUCUAGCAAUGCUACUCAUUGCCAGAGCAAACUAUGAUUAGGAAGAAAAAGGGUAAUUGUAGUGAACACAUUACUCUGAUAAUUUUGUCUAAACUUUUCAGGAGACGGUCGUAAGGAAAACUCUUUAUCGUCACACGCAUCAUCCCUGUCCCAUUCAAAACUGCACCAACAAAUUAUAACCAUAAAUUGCAUUUAUUGACUAGAAACAUUGAUAUCGACUAAGGCACUAUCGUAACUCGUAUACCUUUGUAAAACUUUAUGCCGUUGCAUGCACUCAAGUGACAUAAAUUCUCGCUACCUGACAGUGCACCUGGUUAUCAUUUUCCAUUUUUUCAUAUAUGAAAUAACCAUUUUUGCGAUCCACAGCAGGGUUCAAUGCACUGUAAAUAGGACCUUCGGCUGUGGUAUUAGCCCCUUGUUCAUAGCAUUCCUUAACAUUACAACUCCUGUACUUCUA